GGGACGGCGCCGGCGUGUGACGUCAGCGCCUGGGAGAGGAGCGUCAGAGUCCAAGAUGGCGGCCGCGGUCGGCGUCUCCUUGAGGCGCCGCUUCCCGGCCGCGACCGUCGGGGGAGCCUGCGUUCAGGCCUGCCGAGGAGCCCAGACAGCUGCGGCCACAGCUCCUCGUAUCAAGAAGUUUGCCAUCUACCGCUGGGACCCCGACAAGACUGGGGACAAACCUCGGAUGCAGACGUAUGAGCUUGAUUUGAACAAGUGUGGUCCUAUGGUGUUGGAUGCUUUAAUCAAAAUUAAGAAUGAAGUUGACUCUACCUUGACUUUCCGACGAUCGUGUAGAGAAGGUAUCUGUGGCUCUUGUGCAAUGAACAUCAACGGAGGCAACACCCUAGCUUGCACUCGAAGGAUCGACACCAACCUCAACAAGGUCUCCAAGAUCUACCCUCUGCCGCAUAUGUAUGUCAUAAAGGACCUUGUCCCUGAUCUGAGCAACUUCUAUGCCCAGUACAAAUCCAUCGAGCCUUACCUGAAGAAGAAGGAUGAGUCCCAGGAAGGCAAGCAGCAGUAUCUGCAGUCCAUACAAGACCGUGAGAAACUGGACGGGCUGUACGAGUGCAUCCUCUGCGCCUGCUGCAGCACCAGCUGCCCAAGCUACUGGUGGAACGGAGACAAGUAUUUGGGCCCUGCGGUUCUCAUGCAGGCCUACCGCUGGAUGAUCGACUCCAGGGACGACUUCACAGAGGAGCGCCUGUCCAAGCUGCAGGACCCGUUCUCCCUGUACCGCUGUCACACCAUCAUGAACUGCACCAGGACCUGCCCUAAGGGGCUGAAUCCAGGCAAAGCGAUUGCUGAAAUCAAGAAAAUGAUGGCCACCUACAAGGAGAAGAAGGCUUCGGUGUGACCGUCCCGCCAGGCUGAACGUGAUUGCUAGCCAGCUCAAAGCUGCACAUGAUAAUAUGGCUACUUUGAGUUCCUUCAGAGUUCUUGAUUUUUCCAUAAAUACUGCAUGUAAAAUAAAACUUAAGAAUGAAUAAAUGUUAUUCUGAUUUACUAACAAAACAAAAAAAUUAAAA